AUGGAAGAGAAAAUUUCUGUGAUGCCAAAACGGCAAGUGCGGCGUGCAUCUACCGUUGUGAUCUCUAGGAAGACAUGGUUGGUUGUGCGAAUCCUGGCUGGUGUCACUUGCGUGCUGGUGGUGAUGUUAACUGUAGCGCUAGCCAUUGUCGCUGUUAUUAAAACCACACCUCCCUAUUGCUCCAGUGGCCUGGCGAGUAAUGGAAGAAACCUGAACAACCCUGGUUUGUUCAAUGAUCUAACACCAAAAGAAAUGGUCGCUGCUAGGGAUUAUCUACUAUCCCAGAAGAGAUUAGGUCUUGUUCCAUACACAGAAGCAACUGUUAACUCCAGCUAUAUUUUCAUGAUUACCCUUCAAGUUCCACUGAAAGCUGCUGUGCUAAAAUUCCAAGAGGGUGUAGAUAGAAAACCUCAAAGAGCCGCUAAGGUUACUGUAUACAGGGGUGAUACAGAACCCCCACGAGUUGAGGAAUAUGUGGUGGGGCCAUUGCCAACACCAAAGUUCUAUAGAGUCGUCACAAGCCCUGCUUAUCGUCGAGUUCCAAUCCCAUUCUCAAGUCGUCCAGUAGAUGCUGUAGAAAGAAACCAACUCAGAAAAUUUAUCUCCCGUGUAACAGAAAAUCUGUCUUCUCUGUUUAUUGACAGUUAUGGGUUGGUUUACCACAACUGCACGCCUGGGAAAAACUGCAUAAUGUUUCAGGACUUCGCACCAAGAGGAACCGAAAGUGGGGAACGUAAGACUUGGUUCUGGGCUUACAGAGAAACCGAAGGAUUUUACCUGCAUCCCCUAGGAUUUGCGAUCCAGAUAGAUCACCUAAGUCCGCAUACCUCAGACUGGUCCGUAACUAGAGUUAUUUAUAAUGGACAGCUCUUUUAUGAGAUAGAGGAUUUAGUUGAGAGGUAUGCUGAAGGGACGCUCAGAAAAAUACAGCCAAUUAUGGACAGUGCUGAUGCUCAAUUUUCAACAUUUACCAGAAGAGGUCAUCAUUCAUUUGAUACUCCACUUCGUGGACCUCGACUCUUAGAACCUGAUGGUCAUCGGUAUUCAAUAGAUGAUCAGUUUGUAAAAUACUUUGGUUGGAGCUUUAACUUUCACAUGCAUACGUGUACAGGCCUGCAGAUUGUUGAUGUCCACUUCCAAGGAGAAAAGAUAGCUUAUGAGAUCUCCCUUCAGGAAAUCACUGCCUUUUACACAGGAUACAGCCCAGAGACCUCCUGGUUAGGGCUCUAUGGGAUGUCGUGGUUGCUGGGUGCCUCGUCGUAUGAGCUGGUUCCCGGCGUUGACUGUCCGGCAACGGCUUCCUUUAUAGAUUCAUAUCACUUUGCUAACUCAGGGAAGCCGCAGCGAUACAGGAAUUCUAUAUGUAUCUUUGAACAUUCUUCAAGUAUGCCUCUGAGAAGACAUUACUCUCACGGACGUGAUGGAGAAUUCCACUCCUACGGUGGUCUUGUAUCGAGUUAUCUCGUUGUGAGAACAAUCAUCAGCUUGUGGAGUUGUGACUAUGUAGUGGAUUACAUAUUUCAUCUAGAUGGUACAAUAGAAUUAAAAAUUGCAUUGACGGGUUACAUUCAAGCUUCAUUUGAUCUCGCAGGGCAACGUCCCUAUGGCAACCGUGUCCAUGACAAUGCCAGAGGAAACCUCCACCAACAUUUGUUUCACUGGAAAAUUGACCUGGAUAUAGAAAAGACUUCAAAUAGAUACCAGACACUAGAUAUUACAACUGAAUCAGAAUCGAGCUUUUGGUAUGAAGGUACAGUUAACAAAACACAGCUGAAGUUCAAUCAGGCUCUGAAGGAAGAUGAAAACGAUGCCAGUGUCCCGUAUGACUUCAAUCAUCCUGGGCAUGACAUCAUUUUCAAUAUGAAAGCAGGCAACAAAUAUGAUGUCCACAGAGGCUACCGUAUCAUUAAUGAAGCUAAAAGCAAAUUUCUACUGGAACAUUCCUCCGUUACAAAUGCCGCUGGGUGGGCCAAAUACCAGCUGGCGGUAACAAAGUACAAAGACACAGAAGACAGUAGCUCAUCAAUAUAUGCACAGGGAGACCCAUACGAUCCAGUGCUCGACUUCAGUCGCUACCUGGAAGACAAUGACACCAUUGUGGACACAGACCUGGUUGCCUGGGUGACCUCUGGCCUCUACCAUAUGCCUCAUGCUGAAGAUGUGCCCAGCAUCAGCGCCACAGGAAAUCAAUGCCGAGUGUUUCUGCGGCCCUACAACUUCUUCAACCACUGCCCCAGUAUGGCUGUCAGUGAUGCUCUUGUGGUGAAGCGAAAGAAGAACAGAGCUCAACAAAAUGGUGACGAACAUAAAGAUACAAGUCUUUCAUUUGAUACCUUUGGGGUAGACUCUGGUGAACCUCACUGUUAUCAGAAAGAGACAAGCAUGAAAGAAUUUCAAGGCCUUAUACAAGAUGUGUGA